AUGUGUCAUUGGUAUGGUUCGGUGAGUCGGAUUGGCAUAGCCUUCCAAAUCAUACCCGGAGCAGCUUCGACUCCUUUUCUUCGAUACUGGACGAACCAGGCUGCAUUCGUAUUCAAGAUUGCCUCUGUACUGUAUCCUGAAGUUCCGAUGGUGCGGUAUAUGCUUAUUCCUGAGAUUAUCGUGUUUGAUAACGCACGAAAGCCCUCUUCGAGAGCGAAGGCAAACCUCAUCCAGAAGCGAGAACCAUACUGCUCGGCUCAAAUGGCACCACAGUCCAGCUUUCCAAUUUCCCAGUACGGGCAGCAUGGCUCACCAGGAUUCUUCCACCUACCAGUGUCAGAUCCUUUUCAAGGUACCGUUGGCCAGCUUGAAAGUCAAGGCAUUGGACGAAAGAUUUCUCAAUCCAGGACAGAAUCCUGGCAGUCUUUGGGCUCUGAUUUGACUUGCGGUUUCUCUGCUGACUAUGGGUUCGACUGGGAUCUCAUUUUCAAUAUUUCGAACAACAAAGCUGAACAAUUGGCCCACGAGAACAACUUCAGCUCCAGUUACCUAGUCCCUUUAGAAAAUGGCCAGCCACCACCUCUUACACAAUCAGCCGUUGCCCUAGACCAACUCACAAUUUUCACUCGAUCGUCUCUAGGAAGCAUUUCUUUUGCGAACGAGCAGACUUAUUUCUCCCAGAUGGGCCAGCAGUUUAAGCAACAAUUGCAACAUUAUACCACUACCGAGAGGUCACUCUCUCAAGUGAGUGAACGUGUCAGUCCUUUGGGCGUGUGCGCUCAAAACUUCUCUCGUUCGACCAACCAGUACGCCUUAAUCAAAGAGCAACCUGAAUUGAGACACGCCCCGACCAGUCUAGAAUGGACCGAUAACAGCCAGCUUCUACCAAAACAAGCCGAACAAAGUGUACUUCGAUUUGCUUUUGUCGAUAAACGCAGCAGCGGCCGCCACUCGGAGCCGUUCAGGCGAAAGGACUACCGUGACCACCUCCGGGACUUCCACAAAGAGGACAUCGGGGCCUGCAGGGGCGAGAAUUCCGCCAAGACGGAGAAGGAGAGGUUGAAAUGUUUGAGGUACGCGAAAUGUUUGGUGAACAAGCUUUUUAAGUAUGAUGGGUGUGAGUGCCCCAAUUGCAAGAAAACUUGCGAGCCGGAGAAGAUUAAGACGAUGAUGGCACUUCGACUCGAAAAGAAUCCGCAGAAGAAGGAAUCGCAAAUCUCCUCUCAGGCUUGUGGCCCUCACCAUGGUAUUGAUGGGUGGCUUGAUAAUGGGUUCGGGGGAUGGGAUCCUUGCAUCAGAUGCGAUGGAGAGCCUGCACACAUGGAAGGCCAGACUUUGAGAUAA